AAGUUUUAUUUUUUUGACUUUGACCCGCUUUGUCGGCGAUCAUUUUAUUUGAAGAAGUAGGUACAUGGAUGCGAAAAAGAUAAAACAGGAAAAGUAAGUUCGCCCCUUUGCCUAAAUCGUGUGGAUCGACGGCCGUUUACAUUUUUUAUUGUGCUUUCCAAUUGCCUGACGCUACGUGACUUUUCCCGUUUGAUGUUUCUUGUUACUUGACUCACGUUCUACGUGAAAAAAUCUCAUUUGAUUAUGUCUGUUCUAUUGAUUAUACCUGCCUUAAAAUAAUUGAAAUAGAUAAAUUUAAUGCAGCUCAACAUUUGUUUUGGUGUUUUAUAAUAGUUAUUCACGAAAUAAUAUACACCUGCACGAUGAUUUCGUAACUGUUUUUAAAUUGGCCGCUUUUUCUGCAGAAUCUAAGUUUGGCACGCUGUCUUUUGAGAGACUAGUGUAAAACAGAACUCCAAAGAUUUAAAACUGACGCCUUUGAGACAUCUGACACCUUUAUUUUAAGCGUAAUUUUUUACUUUUUAUUAAUUCCGUGAAGUUUUUAGUCAAAGAAUGUUACAAAUUCAAGCAAUUUCAUUGAAAGAAAACAUUUGACAAUAAUUGUCAUCUUAUGUCAAGACUUAAAUGUCAAGUUACCAAUGGAAUGGAAUGUAAACAGUUUAUCACCGUUCACAAUAAAUAAACAAUGAUUAUAAUGCGUCAUUUGUUGUGGUGAGCCGGCGUGGCAAUUUUAAAUGCCGAAAAAUGUUUGAAGUUGUUAAUUUAAGUAUAUAAGCAUCAAAAUGUACACGUCACAAAUGAUAAAAGACGGAGUAACUUCGAGUAAAAUGUUUUAUUUUCGGCGCGCGAUUUUAACAGUGUUUUUCACGCUUUUAUUGCAUGAAGCAAAUCUUUUGGAGAAUGGUCUGGCUCGGACGCCUCCCAUGGGUUGGAUGUCAUGGGGAUAUUACAUGUGUGGCAUCAAAUGCGAGGGAAAUGAGUCUAAAUGUUUAAAUGAACAACUUAUUAUGUCAGUAGCCGAUUCCUUCUAUAGAGACGGCUACCAAGAGGCAGGCUAUGAGUAUAUCAUUGUUGACGACUGCUGGUCCGAGAGGGCACGGGAUGAACACGGGAAGCUGGUGGCUGACCGGAAGAGGUUUCCUCGGGGAAUGAAGUUCCUUGGUGACUAUAUUCAUGCUCGAGGCCUGAAGUUCGGUAUGUACACAAACAUAGCGGAUGUGACGUGUAUGAGGUACCCCGGCUCCAAGCAGUACUUGAGCCUUGACGCUCACACCUUCGCCGAGUGGGGCGUCGACUAUCUCAAAGUUGAUGGCUGUUUUGUAUCUGAAGACUUUCUUAAUGUUGGGUAUAUAAUGUUGGGACAGUACCUCAAUAUGACAAAACGACCGAUGGUGUACUCCUGCAGUUGGCCGUAUUAUAUCGAAUUCAUUCAUAAAAAACAGCCAGAUUACCAGGUCAUAUCGAAGUACUGCAACAUGUGGCGUAACUUCCACGACGUGCAGACGUCGUGGGAGGCGCUGGCCGGCAUCGUGCAGCACUACCGGCGCGGGUACCGGGACAUGGCGCCGCAUCACGGCCCGGGACAGUGGAACGACCCCGAUAUGUUAAUAUUCGGUACUGGUGUACUAACGAGGAGUCAAAGCCGCAUCCAGCUGGCUGUGUACGCGAUGCUAUCAGCUCCCAUACUGCUCAGCUGCGACAUGAACAAGAUCACUCAGUAUGAGAAGACGUUGCUACAGAAUUUAGACCUUAUUGCGGUGGCACAAGACCCAUUGGGGAUCAUGGCGAGGCCUUAUAUGUUCAAUGGCGUGAUAGUUUGGAUAAAACCUCACUUGCCGAAGAAGGGUGACGCCUACCCUUCGUUCUCGUUCGCUCUCGUCAACCUGGAUAUAGAAGACAGUCACGUGAAUUUGACGCCAGGACUCUAUGGGCUGAACUCCACUGAUGGAUAUACUGUACUGGACGUUUUCUCGGGGCAUUAUUUAAGAAAUUUAACAACAAAGGAUACCCUGUCACUCUUAGUUCCUGGUCAAGAUGUCAUAAUGUACACGAUGUACCCACUGUAACUAGCGCAGUGUUGCCAGCGUAACGCCAUUAGCAGUGAUCAUUGCAUUGUUACCAGUGCUGCCACAAUUCAGAUAAUCAAGCAACGAUUAUGUCCUGACUAGGUAAGCGUGUUAAUGUGUAUUGUUGUGUGUUUAGACUUUAUGAAUAGGGUAGUUAGCAAUAAAAAGAUAAAAGUAGUAAUAUUUCAAACUACUUAAAUAUUACAACGGUUUUAUCGGGAUUACUCGACUAGUUUCGGACCCAACCGGAGUCCUUAAUUAAGAGCGGCGGCGGACGAGUGAGUCAGUCAAUAUGAAUAAAGAAAACCUUUAAUGUCUUUAAAUGUUAAUUAAUCUCACGUAAGUUCAUGUAAAAACAUUAAUAAAAACGGCUUUACUUAUGCGAAUAUUAAUGUAAGAGU